GAUGUGGAAGAACCUUCUGGUUCAACCGGCAUUAAGGAAGAUUUUGAACCUUUCUCAAUGCAAGUUGAACAAGAGAAUCCUUCUGUUGCAGUAAUAGAAAUAUCGUUCAAGAGUUAUACUUUUGAAUUCUUGUUGCUGUGGUUAAAUCUCUCGGAGGGAGACGUUGUUACUUUCGUUGACCCGUGCUUGGUACAUUACAGUCAGGCGUCGAUAAGUAAUGUGUUCCAGACGGGCAACGACCUUGAUAACACCAUCCAGGAUCUAUUGGAUGGCAAGGUGAGAAUGGAAGAUUUUCCUCUCAUUAACGUCUGUUUGAUGGAAGAUGUCUUCUAUUCUUCAGACAAUCGAAGGCUUUAUUGCUUCAAGGAGGUGAUAAAGCGAGGGUUGGAUGUUAACAGGAUACCUGUUCGAAUAAGACGGAUGUCUGACAUCAACAUUGGGUGGAAGAUGGAGGGAGUGUAUCAGAAUUUUGAAGAGAUGAUUAGAAUUAAUAAUAAUCAUAAUAAACAAAGAGAAAAAAGAGAAGCAAAGGAACGUGAGGAAAGAGAAAAGCAAAGACAAUACGAGCGAGAAGAGAGACAAAAAGAACGUGAGGAACGAGAAAAACGAGAAGCAAGAGAACAUUCUGAGGAUGAAUUUGUUCACCCUAUUUAUCUUGUUUUUAAUCAUAUUUUUGAUCUAUACACUUUUCAAAGAUGUUUGUUGGUUUGUAAAUCUUGGAAAAAAGCCCUUGACGAGCAUCCUUUCUGGCGAAAGGUUGUCGAGGAUUGCGGUCUCAGAAUCCCAAAAAGACACAAAG